CUUCCGCCUAGCCCAAUAUACACGAGAAUUCCCCUAUUUAUUUACGCAUCCAUUCAACAUCCGCCAAUUCACCACAUUCGAACUUGAUUACAACAAUCAGCUGACCAUACGAUUUUCGAACUUCCCAAGAAGAAGGCACACACGAAGUGAAAAAAAUUGCAUUCAUUCAUCAGCCGAAGUGGAAAAGUCACUGCUCGUCACUGAGGAGCUCCGCGAGUGCAAUGUGAAAAUGUUUUACGGAAUAUCAGUGAUUUGUGCGAACAAUUGCGUGUAAUUUCCGCUCGAGAACGACGGCGACUUGUGAAAAUUAGUGAGAUCCCGUUCUAAUGUGUCCUGCGACGGGAUAACAAAUCUUUGGAUAAAAAUCAUAUCCUACAAGUCUUUGCGUAAUAAACAUUUCAAACAAGAAAGAUGACAAAUCAAACGGAAUAUGAUUACGAGAAAAAAUUCCAAGAGGAUUUAGAAAAAGCAACAGCCUUGAGUCUAGAAUCACUGGCUCUUGAUCAGUAUCGCCGCACGAAACUUCAAUACUCCCACUCUGAUAUCACCGUGGCAAAACGGUUUGCCCAGAACCAACGAGAACGUAAUGCAGCAUCAACGACCACUAGUCAACCCCGAUCCCGACCUGGAUCAAUCAAAUCAGGUCGAUCUAUCGAUUAUGAUUUAGGCUCACCAAUUGGACCGCCACCGGCUGUACCACCGCGACGUCAUAGUGAAAUUCAUAUUCCAGAGAAAAAUUCAAAUGCGGAAGAGAAUGAUUUGAUAUCGUUUACGAGUCCAACUGCGAAGAAGGAGGAGAAUAUCAAUUUUGAGAAUUUGAUUGAGGAGAUACAAAGGCUAAACAACCAGCCAGGCAAUGCCCAACCAAACUACGCCGGCUACAAUCCAACCACACCACCAAUCACGACGAACAAUCUGCACCAGCAAUCACUACAAGUAGUCCCGUACAAUAGCCAACAGCAACCAACGCACAAAACGCCACUUACAAAUGAACAAUUACAAAAGCUGUAUAGCAUGCAACCGCAACAGUAUCAUCAUCUACAUCAGCAAUCGCAUCCAAUUCGACCUUACCUACAGGCCCAAACUGCGCCACCGCUCCAAACUGCUCCAUUCAGUUAUUCACCUCCUCUCAAUUAUGGAUUUAAUCCCAACAUUUUUCCGACGCCACAGAAUCAUUUGUCCCAUCAAACGCCUCCACCCCAAUCGGUACAGGCGUUACAUUAUCCAAAUAUUCAGUUGGUCGCUAAUCCAGAAUCAGCUCUUGUGCAAACAGCAAGUUCAGGCGGUCAGCAACAUUCGCAUGCGCAUCAUACAUCAUCGAUACCACCAUCAUCAUCAAAUCAAAUCCAACGCCAAAUAUCGCAAAUACCAAAAUCUGCUUCCCUAUCGGGCGUUUCGAAACUAGCUGGUAGUAGUAACAUCGGAAGGUCACCGCAAAACGUAAACAGCAGCCAUAAUAACAGUGGAAGCAGUGAUAUAGCAAGACGACCGAAAAAGUCACUGUGUGAUGACCUAAUCGAUUUGGGGCAUGAAGAUAACUCCCGAGUGAGCGUGCUGGAGGCAUUCGAUCCACUCUUAUCAAAGGAAUGGGAUGACAGUGACAACUCAUCAGACUGUGCAACUUCUUACUAUUCCGAGUAUGAUCCGUUCGAUUAUUUGUAUAGUUGUGGUACGCAGUAUUCUGAUCCCGUGUAUGAGGCGGUCAACAAAACUGAUCGAACACCGAUGAGUCCAGCCGCACCAAUUGGUUGGAACAUUCCAGCACUUGAUAAUGCCGCGCUAUCGCCAAUACCUAGCACAUCAAAAGACGUUGGAGACAGAUCACACCCACCGCCGCUUCCGCCAAGAAAUAGUUUCACCAGUCGACAAGAACAAACCAAACAAGUAUUGGAUCGACGAAAAGGUGCUACCAAAUUAUAUGAAACUGUGACAGAUCGGAAAACAUACGAUGCUGAACUAAUGGAAUUCUAUCGAAUGGUUCGUGAUUUACGGCGACAAUACAAAUAUACAGACACAAGGACCAAUAUUGGUCACGUGAUUGCAGCCGAAUUCGACAAUUGUUAUAGUUUAGAGACGAGUAUUAAAUUAAUGGUACAUCCAUCGUUAGAGGCGUUGAAGCGAACUGAUGAUAUCGUAAAUCAAGGACAGAUUUCAGGAUAUGGAGCACCAGUUCAAUUUACCUGUGAUAUAAGCACAACUGUCGAACAUGUAACCAUGCAUGCUUUUUGUGAAUUAGAAGGGCAAAUUAUUGGAAACGUUAGUGAUUUUAUGCUCAAGCCAAUUGGAGUCGUGGAAUGGUUGUCACCCACGUCUAAACUAAGUCAAUUAGAAUGUGUACACGAUAGUAUUAAAUUGGAGCAGGACGUACAAUUGGGUUUGUGUCCAAAAACUGAAGCCAAUAUGAUGGCAAUAGCUCGGACGGUUGCGGACGAUACGCGAGAUAUGGCAUUGAAACCGGAAGACAUUCUACCGAAUGAACAUAUGUCGACAAUUACUUUCGAUAGCAUGAUGAUUUUGAUAGAAACCCUCGAAACGGAGAUUGAUAAACUAGAGUCAUCAGUAACUGAUUCCAACAGUCACACAAUUAUCUCAUGUUCGGGUGUAGUUCAAGGAAUUAAGGCAAUCUGUGCUGUGCUGGGUUCAAUUGACACCCUUGAAAUUUGUGAAUAUGUCGACGAUCUGAAGAAUAUUUGCAAUAUGGGACAAGUAAUUUAUUCAUACAAUUCACCAUCAAGUCCAGACAUUGUUUCAGAAUCUGGAGAUUAUGCUGAAGUGAUGCUAAGACCCAAAUCAACUUUAGAUCAAAUUAAAUUGAAAUGCAAUUAUCUACGGGAGUCGAUACAACAGUUGAUUGAGACUUAUGCGAACGCGUUUAGAGUCGAUUUUUGCGUGAAGUCAAUUGAUUAUGCUACAACUCCAAUUCCAAUUUCCUGCGUCCUAAAACCCAUCAUGGUGAACUUAAGUUGUCUACAUCGUCCGCCGCCUAGUUGGAAAUUCGACGACUAUAUGCUUGGUGCACAAAUCUACCACGGAACUCGUUACAUAAGUCAACCAUUCGUCACACAAUGCUCCAACGACACGACAGGCGGUCUGUUUCCACGAUUAAAAUUCGACACUUGGAUCAGCUUUGAAAGUAAUCCCAUAUGCACAUUACCAAGGGAAUCAAGGCUGAUUUUUGUGCUCUACGGCUGUCGGGCAGAACCGGCUGAAGGCAGCGAACAGUCAAAUGAUAAUACUCAAGAACGUAAGAAGAUUACAACCGAAUUGGGAUGGUGUGCUGUGCAAUUGUUUGAUUUUCAAAGUAAUAUGGUCCUCGGAACGUAUCUUCUAUCUUUGUGGCCUCCUACUACUGAUAAAUUUUUGGGGCCCGCUCCUGCAAAGGGUUCACAUCCUCAACCUGAUUUUUGUCCAGUAUUAAGUAUAGAAGUGCCAAGUUAUGGCGGUCGCAUAGUAUUUCCUGAUCCACCCCCGAAUCCUCCUUCUGCUCCGCGAUACGAUUUCAAUAGUCUUGAUUGCAAUCUACAACAAGAGUUGCUUGACACAGCAGAACAAGGCUACUCCGGGACCUUGGAAAAACGUGAAGUAUUAUGGGAGAAACGUCAUUAUUUGCAAGCUUUUCCGCAUGCCCUUCCAAAAGUAUUGCAUGCCGCUCAUAGUUGGGAUUAUGCAAGUUUGAUUGAUUUACAUUCCUUACUAAACUCCUGGACACCGCUAACGCCAUUACAAUCCCUGGAGUUGUUGUUGCCACGCUAUCCCGACAUGGAAGUGAGAAAAAAGGCUGUCAAGUGGAUUUCACAAAUGCCCAAUGAUCAACUUGUUGAUUUUUUACCGCAAUUAUUGCAAGCUCUCAAGCAUGAUACGUAUGAUGCAUCCCCUAUGGCUCAGUUUUUGUUAUGUAAAUCAUUGGAAUCACCGAGAAUUGCUCAUCAUUUGUAUUGGCUGUUGGUUCACAGUUUACCAGGAGAUUCACCACAAAAUUCAAUGGACAGCUUAACAUCGGAUUUGGAUGAGAGUCUGAUAACUCAGGCAAGAUAUCAUCGACGUAAUAAAAUGAUGCUGCGAGGAUUGUUGGGUAUUUGUGGAGAGAAGUUAUCGUCGAGGUUUUUGUCGCAGAAUAUGAUGUGCAAGAAUCUCGCGGACACCGCACAAAAUGUAAAAAGUGCCAAAGAAUCCAUGCGUCAAAAAACCCUCAUACAAGGCUUAGAUAUGGUCAAUCAAAUUCUGCAAGAAUCGCCCACGUCCUUACCGCUUGAUCCUGCACUAGAAGUAUAUGGCGUAAACUCCAGAAAUUCCAGUUUUUUCAAUUCAUAUACACUCCCCUUGAAAAUUUCAUUUUUGGGUCCAGAUCGUGGUAUUUUACCGGCGAUAUUCAAGUGCGGUGACGAUCUCCAGCAAGAUAUGCUGACUAUCCAGCUUGUUCGGAUAAUGGACAAAUUAUGGCUUGCUGAGGGAUUGGACUUGAAAAUGGUCACUUUCAAUUGUGUCCCAACUGGCUAUAAGAAGGGAAUGAUUGAGUUGGUGACGGAGGCAGAAACAUUGCGGAAAAUUCAAGUGGAGUAUGGACUCACGGGGUCAUUUAAAGAUCGUCCAAUUGCUGAGUGGUUAGCCAGACAGAAUCCGAGUCAGUUGGAGUAUAAGCGAGCAGUGGAUAAUUUUACCUAUUCGUGUGCCGGCUACAGUGUAGCUACUUACGUUUUGGGUGUUUGUGAUAGACAUAAUGAUAACAUAAUGCUGAAAACAUCGGGACAUUUGUUUCAUAUUGAUUUUGGCAAAUUUUUAGGAGAUGCACAAAUGUUUGGGAAUUUUAAACGCGACCGAACUCCCUUCGUAUUAACCUCCGAUAUGGCCUAUGUGAUAAACGGUGGCGAUAAAUUAUCAACAGCAUUCCAUAAUUUUGUUGAUUUGUGCUGCAAAGCAUUCAAUAUCGUCCGGAAACAUGGUGAUCUCCUUCUUCAUAUGCUUGCCUUGAUGGCAACAGCUGGAAUACCGGGUGUAACAGCCGAUGCAGUCACCUAUGUACGGAAAGCUUUACUCCCGUCUCAGUCAAACCCUGAAGCUGCCGCAUCAUUCGCUAAAAUGAUCCAAUUUUCACUGAAGAGUUGGUUUACACAAUUCAACUUUUUCCUGCACAAUUUGGCUCAAAUGCGAUUCAAUAGUGAUGAGGGGAAUGGAGAGUUAUUGACCUUUAUCCCGAGAACUUACACAAUGAAACAAGAUGGUCGACUAAAGUCGGUUACGGUGGUUAAUUAUCAAAAACGGUACGAUUUGGAGAAAUAUUAUACAUACAUCCUGAAAGUUACCCGACAUAAUCAACCAGAUCCGACCUACCUAUUUCGAUCUUACAAAGAAUUCUGUGAGUUUCAUCAGAAGCUUUGCUUACAUUAUCCGUUGGCCAAGCUGCACAGUUUACCUAGUGGCAUCCACGUCGGUCGAUCGAAUGUGAAGACAGUGGCCGAGCGCAGACUUCCUGAAAUCCGGAAAUUCCUUAUAUCGCUCUUUCUCUCCGCUGACGAAAUCGCUCAUUCCGACCUGGUUUACACAUUCUUCCAUCCUAUAUUGCGUGAUCAACAGGAAGCAGACAUUACUGUUCCCAAAAUCAAAGUUGUACCGUCGCUCAACCCAGCUGAACCGAUAUGUGGGGAAAUUAAACUAUCGUUACAGUAUCGUCGCGGUGCACUAACAGUCAUGAUUCAUCAUGCCCGAGGACUAGCCAAGUUAGCAGGCGGCCAGGAGCCCAACACUUACGUCAAAUGCUACCUAAAGCCUGAUCCAAGCAAAGCGACAAAACGUAAAACAAAGGUUGUGCGUAAAACAUGCGUUCCCAGUUUUAUGGAGACGUUGGAGUAUCGUAUGCCUAUCGAGCAUAUACGAAAUCGCACAUUGGAGGUCACGGUUUGGUCGCACGAUACACUACAAGAGAACGUCCUGUUGGGAGGCUAUCAACUACCCCUGGCAGAACUAGAUUUAAGGGAGGAGUACAUGCAGUGGUGUCGUCUGGGCUACUUGCCGCGGUCAAGACGGGACGUACCGCAAUGAGCGACGACACUAGAACGUGGUCGAAUUUCUGAAGAGAGAAGGACCUUUAGCUGGGACUGAAACAAGAUGCAGGGCAAUAUACUUUUAUCAUAAACGUAGCUUGGUAACUUUAAGCGAUUGAGCGAGCUUUUCCGUAAGGAUUGAUGUUUCCUUGUUUUGUAAUUGUGUAUGGCUAUUAUCAUCAUUCGAGUAGAUUUAUAUAGUUAAGAUAUAUAUUUUUCUAGAGGCAACAUUUUCAGCAAAUUUACUGUCAUUCCGCUAAUGUUGUAUUCGCACAUUUGAAAAUAUUUGUUGUUCCACUCUGAAUAUGCGCGACAAUCCAAAGUUUCGUAUUUAAUUCGUCUGCCUUUUGUAUUUUCCACAAUUUUUUCUUCAAUCAUCGUUUCAUUGCCAAUUUUUCCAUACAUUUGAAUUUAUAUUUUAGUUUAUUUAUAUCUUCUUUGCGGUAUUUUCAUCCUCGUCUUUUGCCUUUCCAUAACAAUUAUUUGCUUUUAACAACCUUUCUUCCGUGGUAUUUCUAGAGUUAAGUGGUCUAAUAUUAGUUAUUAAAAAUUGUAAACACACAACGUUGCAUUUGUAUAUAAGUUUAUGCUUCUUAUUGUUGGUAAGAAAGGAAGUUAUGGAUUUUUUUUUUUAACAAAGAGAUUUAAAGGAGAAAGCAGAAAAGCCUAAAUGUCUCACUAUUGUUUAUAUACAUAAUUAUAAAUAAAAUAUUUGUAUACGUCA